AGCUCCUGAUGAAGUAAAAGGGUAUUGGUGUAAGGGAAGGAACAGCCAUUGUGCAGGGCAGGUCAGCCUGGUUGGAUUUAAACUUUCAUGUAUGGAUCAAAAAGUCCAGAGGUUAAAGACUGAGUCUUGCAUUGUUUUUUGAACACUUGCUUUCACAGCUCUUGAGCAUAUUUGUAAUUUGUGCCCCACCUAACUUCCUUCAGCUGUUCUCCCUGAUGUGGAGUGCUUCCCUUUCCUGUGUGACUUUUCCUCUCUUCAUUCCAUUUCCACAGCAAUCAGGACUUUAUGAAUAUAAAAUCUUUGGUGGUCUUGCUGAAAUUCCCCCAAAAUUGUGUGCAGAUGUCUACAUGGACUUGGAUUUCAGAAAAAAGUGGGAUCAGUAUGUUAAAGAACUGUAUGAGGAAACACAUGAUGGUGAAAAAGUAAUCUACUGGGAAGUGAAGUACCCUUUUCCUCUCUCAAACAGAGAUUAUGUCUAUAUUCGGGAAUGCCGGGAGAUGGAUGUGGAUGGGAGGAAGAUCUGGGUUGUGUUAGCAAAAAGUGUGGCUGUUCCUCAGUGCCCUGAAAAGCCUGGUAUUAUCAGAGUUAAAAGCUAUAAACAAAGCCUGGUAAUUGAAAGUGAUGGCAAGGCUGGAUGUAAAGUCUAUAUGUACUAUUUUGAUAAUCCUGGUGGCAUGAUUCCAUCCUGGCUGGUCAACUGGGCUGCCAAGAGUGGUGUGCCUGCUUUCUUGACGGAUAUACAAAAAGCUUGCCUUAAUUAUUCUAAGAGCACAUAGGUGUUGAGAUUUAUCUUAAUUAUUUAAUUCCUAGAUCUCUGCUCUUACAGGAGCAGCUGUUAUAUAUAUUACACUGUAUAAAAUCUACCUCUAAUAUUGGGAAAAAUUAUUUUAGUUGAGUUAUGCAUUGAGUUUUACUAGAUUUUUUUUCCAUCCCCAACUGAAGAGCUGACCACUGGCAAGGUAGCACCAACAUCAGCUGCAGCUUUUGAAAGUACUCAAGUUUAGCCUUGUUCCCCAUGCUUUGCUUAUGCUGCUUGUCAGGUGUCAACUAGAGGCGUUCUGUGAUGGAUAUGUUACAUCUGUGCACAAGAGACAACAAUCUUACUAGAAAAAUGUCUGAACUUGGACUGCAAAUUGCCUGCAUGUGUAAUGCCUGGAUCUGCCUUUGUUACCUUGCAGGGUGGCUUCCUCCUGAAACUCUGUAAUGGAGCUUGCAUUGCACAGGAGGAAAUGCUUUUGCUAUCCGAGUUUGUCAUUCUUAAACUCUCUGCCUGAUAUAAACCUAAAAAAUGCUGAGGGAUGAGGUAAAUGUGCAGUAGGAACUGGAAGUCUGUGAUGUUAGGCUCCCUUAAAUCCAGAUGUAAAAAGAUUGAGCCUAAAGCCUUGCACUCACGGCUCCACACUUCUGUAUGAAAAGGAAAAACCCUUAGCUGUGUCCAGCUAGUAAAAAAAGGAGGAGGUGACUUCUUGCAUGUCUGAUUUAGGGGAACAAGUUUUAUCUUCAGACUCAGUACCCUUACUUGUAAAGCAGCUUGGAUAUCAACUUAAAACUGGAAGUAUUUUUAAUUGGGUGCUUGCCACGGAAUGUGGAUGAGCUUGAUGUGGCAGUUGAACUUGCUUGCAUUUUUAAAUUUCAUGCUGAUAUAAAGAAUGGAUGGUGAUACACUAAGAGCUUAAAUGAGCAGUAAAUUAAAUUUCCAGCACGU